GGUACCAGAUCCACAAGUUCUGAUGUCUUUAAAAGGAUCAGCCUGGGCAAUAAGGCUCAUUUGAGAGCUGUGACAUUCACCUUGACUCUAGUGAAAGUCCAACAGCCCAUCCCCUUUUGGCUUCCAACUGGGCACCAUGAGGGCCUGUGUGCCCCUGAUAGUGGCCAUACUCUUCAGCCUGGCCUGGGCUGGAAAAUUAGAGUCCUGUGCAUCUCGCUGUAAUGAGAAAUUUCACAUGGACGCUGCCUGCCAGUGUGACCGCCAGUGUCCCCGGCAUGGGGACUGCUGUGAAGACUAUGAGCACGUGUGUACUGGAGAAGAGGGCCCCGAAGAGCCAGAGCCAUUCCUGGAGCUGGAGGAAGAGCCGGUGGAGGCCUCAGCUGGCCACCUGUACUCAGCACCCAGCUCCUGCCGGGACCGCUGCCACGAGGCCUUCGACAGGCACCAACCAUGCCACUGCAAUGCCCGCUGCCCAGAGUUUGGGAACUGCUGCAUGGAUUUCGAGAGCCUGUGUGGCCACGAGGGCUUCUCCUACAGCAGUGAUGCCAUAACCAAGGAGGAGCUACAGAGCAUCUCUGAGAAGAUCUACAGGGUAGAUGUCAACAAAGCCCAGAAGGAAGACAUCAUUCUCAACAGCCAAAACCGCAUUUCGCCCUCGGAGACCAGAGACCAAGUGGACCGCUGCCCAGAGCCGCUCUUCACCUACGUCAAUGAGAAGCUGUUCUCCAAGCCCACCUACGCGGCCUUCAUUAACCUCCUCAACAACUACCAGCGGGCCACGGGCCGUGGGGAGCACUUCAGUGCCCAGCAGCUGGCUGAGCAGGACGCCUUCCUCAGAGAGGUCAUGAGGACGGCGGUCAUGAAGGAACUCUAUGGCUUCCUCCGUCACCAGAACCGCUAUGGCUCCGAACAAGAGUUUGUCGAUGACUUGAAGAACAUGUGGUUUGGGCUCUAUUCAAGAGGCAAUGAAGAGGAGGACUCGAGUGGCUUUGAACAUGUUUUCUCAGGUGAAAUCAAAAAAGGCAAGGUCACUGGCUUCCAUAACUGGAUCCGCUUCUAUAUGCAGGAGAAGGAGGGCCUGGUUGACUAUUACAGUCACAUCUACGACGGCCCGUGGGAUUCUUACCCCGACGUGUUAGCCAUGCAGUUCAACUGGGACGGCUACUACAAGGAGGUGGGCUCAGCUUUCAUCGGCAGCAGCCCUGAAUUUGAGUUUGCGCUCUACUCCCUGUGCUUCAUUGCGAGGCCUGGCAAAGCAUGCCAGUUAAGCCUGGGUGGCUAUCCCUUGGCCAUCCAGACCUAUCCCUGGGACAAGUCCACCUAUGGAAAUGGCAAGAAAUACAUCGCCACGGCCUAUGUGGUAUCUUCUACUCGAUAGAGCUUGGAGCCCUAUGGGGCAUGAGAGCAGUGAGAGUUUCUGCAGGAUGCAGGGGCUAUCUGCUCUGGGCUGGAGGAGGCUAGAGGAGACUGAAAGGGAUUCCCAAGUCUAGAAAUGCCCUU